AUGAAGAAGAAAGCUGCAACUACAGGUGCAAAACUUGGACAAGCUAUUCCUUUACAUGGAGCGCUUUGGAAACAAUGGUGCCAACAUCUCCUUCGAAUCGGGCCCAGCUGGCUCUAUGUGGUCGUCAUGCUCAGCCAUAUGCUUUGCUGCAGGGUUUCUGAAGUACUAGCCUUGACCGCAGAUGACUUCAAUUUGCGCCACCGAUUUGUGAGGAUCAAACCGUUGAAGCGUCAGCCAGAGGUGAAGAAAUGCCUAUUGACACCAGUGCUCUCAAAACUGCAGUCUUUGAAGAAGAAGGGUGUGAAGCGCAAACGCACAAGGAAUUGUGGAGCAAGGGGCUCGGUGACCUUUGUUGACCAUUGGGAGUGGCCAAAACCUGGCGCAUACUUGUUUCCUUCACAGAGAACGAGCGGCCGCAUGAAAAAGGACGCUGUUUGUCACAGCAUCGUGAAGGCAAGAAAGUCUUUCGACAGGGACAUCGACACCACCAAA